AAACACAAUGAAUUUAGAAUUGGAAUUAAAUAUUUGACGCUGUCAUAAUCAUUACUAUCAAAAUAAAUAUACAAGUGAAACAAUUUGCGUAUCUAAAAGACGAGACAGUGUUUUCGGUGAUUUGUAAGUAAAUUUCGUAGGUGAGGUCAAAAGCAAUUAAUUUGUAAUAGAUUCAAAAUGUGGUGGAUGCGACCGAUGCGUUGUCUCCGAGUCCCCGGGUCCCGGCUGUACAGCAUGCACGACCCUCUGGACCUCGUCACUGGUCUGGAGAAGAGAGAGCUACUCGCACACUUAGCGGGUGACUGUGACCCCUUCCGCAUCAUGUCUAUCAAAAAAGGUCCUGGUACCAGAGAGCGACCCAACUUGAUCCCAAGUUCGAACGACAAGCGCCUGGUGGCGUGCAGCUGCAGCCCAUGCGACAACCACCUGGAGUUCAUGUGGCUCCACCUCGGCUGUCCCAAGCGAUGCGGCUGCGGGUACUGGUUCGAACUCUGUCCAGUAGCACCUCUGUAGGUGUAUUGUAAUUAUUCAUUAAAGUAUUGGUCAAGAA